GAUAUGAAAUAUGUUCCUUGAGGUUCUUAAUGAAGAGAUAGGUUACUCGAGUUUGUUGUCCACGCUGUUGAGAAAAUAUGGCAAAUGAUGUGGAAAAAUCUUGGAUUCAGAUACUUUUUGGUUAGUAAUAUUCGAAGGUUUCUUUUUCCCCCAUAUUUUAGAAAUAAGAAAAUUAAGAAAAAUACUAGAUAAUGCAAGAAGGCUCCUUGCCACUUAAAGCAUUAAAAAAUGCUUUGCAUUGCAGUGAUAUUACUCUUUGUUAUCUAUGUACUUUCAAUUAGUUAAAUGAAUUGAGAUACAUGGUUUUGGAUCAAAAAUAAGCAUGCUUUUACCAUGCCAACAGAAGAUAGUCAAAAUUUUGAAGAUAAAACUAAUGCUUCCCUUGGACAGAGUAGAAGGGCAAUAUAACUUAAUUUUCCACAAAUAUUAUGGUCAUCGAUGAAUGCAUCAUUGUAGUCUUUUCUUUGAAUGUCUGAGAAUUUAUUUAUUUUUAUUUAUGUUUAUUUCAUAGAUAUCGAGCAAUUACAAGUGCAUACUACCGGGGAGCUGUUGGUGCACUACUUGUCUAUGAUGUCACUCGACAUGUCACAUUUGAGAAUGUGGAAAGAUGGUUGAAGGAGCUACGAGAUCAUACCGAUGCCAAUAUUGUGAUUAUGCUUGUUGGUAACAAAGCAGACCUGCGACAUUUACGUGCUGUGUCCACUGAAGAUGCUAAGAAUUUUGCUGAGAGAGAGAAUACCUUCUUCAUGGAGACAUCAGCCCUUGAGUCUAUGAAUGUGGAGAAUGCUUUCACCGAAGUGUUGACUCAAAUAUAUCAUGUAGUCAGCCGAAAAGCACUUGAUAUUGGGGAUGAUCCUGCUGCUUUGCCUAAGGGACAAACCAUCAACGUUGGGGGCAGGGAUGAUGUUUCAGCUGUCAAGAAAGUUGGUUGCUGCUCUGUCUAAAUAUGGUAGGAUCAAGGGCGUCUCUGAUACACUUCAUUUUUCAUCCAUAUAAGCACAAGACCUUCAAGGCCAUCUUGCAGCUGCUCAAACGACCCUGAGAUCACAGUCUAGAAUCUGAAAGAAAUGCUGCAUCUCGUAAAAUUUUCUUAUUUGAUUUGACUUAAGUUGUUUCUAUUGUUUUCUUUUUCAGGUUUUUCUUUUCCUUUUUCCUCUUAAAUUUUCUCCCUCCCUCGUGUAAGGUUCUGCUUCCUAGCAUGGGUAGUUCUUGUUGUAUCUGAUUGCUCUAGGAUACAGUGUUUUCAGGUUGGCAUCACAGUCGUACUUCUAAACCAUCUAUUGGGCUCACAUGUCUUCAGUAACAAUAUGGACAGUCACAAGUCACAACCCAAAUGUGAAACAUGUAUCUAAAAUACUGGUAGUAGAAACUUCUGGAUAAAAAAAAAAGGGCUGA